CAAAAUGUAAAUGUAAUUUUAAUCAUGCCUAAUAUUCAGUCAUCUAACUAAUAACGAUUCCAAUAUUUCGCUCGUUUACGAUGAUCAUUCGUUUAAAUAUCAUUCCAAUCGUCGUCAACGCAACGUAACGUAAUAUCUCGUGAUCAAGUAGAAAUAAGAAUAAACCGAAUAUCUAUCUCACUAUUGGUUCACCUAGAAACCAAAUCGAUAUUCGUACGAGGCACAGGGGCUCACUUCGUAACAGAUCUGCCAACUUUCAUCGAAGUCGUCAGUCUCGCUUGACACGCGCCGUGAUUUCCGAAUAAUUUGGAGAACGAUAUUCGAAAUUUCUUUUUACGUUUUUUUUUUGUUUUCUUAUUUUUCAUUUUCUCCAUCAUCGAAAAUUCUCCGUCGAAUAUCGUAUCUUAUCCGACACUCUCUUUCUCUCUCUCUCUCUUUCUCUUUUUCUCAAAAGAGAGAGAGAAAAAGAGAAAAAACAAAAAAGAAAGAAAAGAUAGAUAGAUAAAUAAAUAGAUAAAUAAAAAUGAUUAAAGAAGCUAAUACGAGGAACAAUUUGUUCCAUAUGAAAAGUGAAAACAUUUUCAACGACGAGGAAUAUUUAAGAAAACCUCAUUUAGAACAGGAGCAACAUUUCAGGAAAUAUCGUUUAAAACAUAUGAAGCAGUUUCCCGAACUCUAUAGAAGCGACGUAUCGAUUCAUCCCAGUUACACGAAGCUCAAAGAUUUACCUUAUCAAGUCGUCUGUCAUCAACGUUUGCAAAAUAUCAGAAAACAAAUAUCACGUCAACUAAAUCGUGAGAUUAUGAAUAUUGCGAUGAUACAAUUACUCGCCCUGGAUGGUAUAAGGAUCGAUCGAAUUUUUAGCGUCGGGAUGUCACCAAGGAUUACGAUCGUUCCAGAUUUCGCGACGGAGAAGGAACGUCGACGUAUCGAAGAGAUAUUGAAUUAUUGAUAAGUAAACGAUUAAUAACGUGCGUGCGUGUAUAGAUGUACGUAUGCGUAUGUCAUAUAUAUCUUUCUUGUCUAUUGUUAUGGAUCACGUAGACGCACACACAAAGCAAAAAUAAAUGACCUUUAUAUACCA